AAAUAGUUGAGCAAUGAGUGAUAUAUUAGGAAAGUUAGCAGGAGGAGCUAGUAAAGAAGAAGUCAUAUUUGACCGCAUCAAAGAUAUCUUAAAAAAUGGCAAUUGAUAUGAUCAAGACUCUGAAAUGGAUACUAGUCAAAUCCAAAAGGAGGAUGCUAAGUUCAUACAAUUGCAUCUGCAUAAUAAAUGACCCAAGUACCAUAUGUACUUCGGUGAUUACUCUGUUGAAAUGAUUCAAAAGCUUUGCUCCUUUAUUGAAUUUCAGUCGUUUAACAAACACGAAGAAAUUUACUCAGCUGGAGAGCCUUCAAAAUGAUUCUUCUACCUUCUAUCUGGAGCUGUUCAUCUCAUUGAAAUCAAUCAGGAAGGGGAUGAGAAAAUCGCAAAUUUAUUCCAUGAAAAUCAAGUUUUUGGGUUCGAUAAAUCCACGAAUUCAGAAGAUGUUCCUUGCAGGACCAAGACUGCCAAAGCAGAGAAAAAGACCUUUGUUCUGAAAAUUAAUAUUUUAAAAUACGAGAAUAUUAGAAAGGAAAGAGUGGUCAGCUCUGCGGAGGCCAAGAUUGAGUACUUGACGAGAUACAUUCCUGGCUUCCGAUCCGUCUCGACAAAUGUAAUCAAUGAAUUUGAGACUCUCUUCAAAAAGGAAAAAGUGACCCAAGGAUUUAGGAUUAUAGAACAAGGUAAAAUCAAUGAUUUUCUAUAUUUCAUCUUCGAGGGAAGUUGAAGACUUCUAUAUAAUUAUACCACAAACAAAAGAAUCGCUUCGAAAUUUGAAAUGAUUGAUUCUACUGUGUCAAAAUUUAUACACAUUGGCAAGCUGGUUGAAGGGGACUGAAUUGGCCAGACAAGUGCCCUCACAAAAACGCCUUCAAAGUACUCUGCACAGGUUGACUCUGAAGAAGCAGUUCUUUACAAAAUCCCUUGGACAAUAUUCUAUGACAGUUUCGGUAAAGACCAAGGAAAGCCAGUCAGGAGUUUAAGAAGUAAAGCAGUAAUGGACACAAACUGGAUUAAUACAGUACUCAAAGUGCUUGCUUCCAAAAAGAUUGAAAAGCUGCUCUCGGAGUGAACAUUUGUUGAUAAAACACAUGAGAAGGACUCCAAAUAAGGUUGCCAUUGAAGAGUCACCUUUCUUACACAAAAAAAGCCUUAAUGUUACUGAGACCACCAUGAAAGCAGAAGAAAGGAAAAGAAUGAAAGAGAGCCUUCUUGCUCCUUUUGAUGCCAGAAGGCCCGCAGCUCCAGCCUCCAGUCAGGCAGAUAAGAGAGAUAUGGAUAACAAGUUUAAAGGAAUAAUGGGAUUUGCUACGCCAAAAAUUAGGGCAGGGAAAAGAAUGCGUCAUUUAGAUCAGAAUCAAAUCCAAUCACAUAUUAGUUUACAAAGGAUGUGUGGGAAUGUUUCUGGAAGUUUGACGAAGAAUUUCGGUCCUGAAAAAUCCAGCAACACUAUCACAGCUAAAGACUUCUUCAAACGGACAAGAGAGGCAGAGAUUGAGUUGAAAAAGUCCAACCAAGAGCAAAAGAAGGAAUCACCUGGGGCUUCGAAAAAGCGUUCGGUUAACAAAUCCUUGAGGGGUCUUCUCAAUUAA